AUAUUAAUUAAGUACUUCUUUGUAAAUAAAUACUUUUUAUUGUCGUAACAACAUAAAAAAUCUUUUACUCCAACUUCAACAGUGAAUUCCUCAAAGUUGGGAAAUCUAGGAAAUAUUGGCUGUAACCAUGGAAGAUUAAAUAAAAGGGUAAAUAAUACUUCUAGAAUUCAACUUUGCGAAUUUCUUAAAACCCAGAGGGGAUCCAGAGUGCCCAAAACAUAAAUAAGAGUGAUAAGGAAUGAUCAUGCUUGAACUCCUGGAUACUUGGGAAAAUUACACUUUACAUCAGUAGAAAUGGACAGCAGCAGUUUCAUUCAGUUUGAUGUGCCUGAGUACAGCAACACUGUUCUGAGCCAAUUGAAUGAACUCCGCUUGCAAGGAAAGCUAUGUGACAUAAUUGUGCAUAUUCAGGGUCAACCAUUUCGAGCCCAUAAAGCAGUACUAGCUGCCAGUUCUCCGUAUUUCCGCGACCAUUCAGCAUUAAGUACCAUGAGUGGCCUAUCAAUAUCAGUUAUUAAAAAUCCCAAUGUUUUUGAACAGUUGCUUUCAUUUUGUUACACUGGAAGGAUGUCUUUACAGCUAAAGGAUGUUGUCAGUUUUUUAACUGCAGCCAGCUUUCUACAAAUGCAGUGUGUCAUUGAUAAAUGCACACAAAUACUGGAGAGUAUUCAUUCAAAGAUCAGUGUUGGUGAUGUUGACUCUGUCACUGUUGGUGCUGAAGAAAAUUCAGAAAAUCGCAAUGGAGUUAAAGACAACAACUAUUUUGCCAGUCCUAUUGAGAUAUCUCCCCCCUAUUGCUCUCAGGUGCGACAGUCAACAGCAGGCAGUGAUCUUAGGAUGGAAACUACUCCGGGCAAAACUCUACGCAGUCGUCUGCAAGAAGAAGGGCAUUCGGAUCGAGGAAGCAGUGGGAGUAUGUCUGAGUAUGAGAUUCAGAUUGAAGGUGAUCAUGAGCAAGGAGACUUGAUAGUAAGGGAAAGUCAAAUCGCAGAGGUGAAGGUUAAAAUGGAAAAGUCUGACAGGCCAAGUUGCUCUGAUAGCUCUUCCCUUGGUGAUGAUGGAUAUCAUACUGAAAUGGUGGAUGGAGAGCAAGUGGUGGCAGUCAAUGUUGGUUCUUAUGGGUCUAUGUUACAACAUGUUUAUUCAUUUACCCAUGCCUCAUCACAGGCUACAGGUGUGUCUGAAGCCUUCGGAAGCCUAACCAGUUCAAGUCCUUCAAGGUCUAUGCUGAGCUGUUUCAGAGGGGGGCGUGCACGGCAAAAACGGGUGUCCAGUGGUCACUUGCACAGUGAUGUUCAGAGCUUGGUGCAAGGGACUGACAGUGAAACCAUGGUGAGUAACCCAGGAUAUGAAAAUAGUCCACGGGAAAGAAAUGCAAGAGGUCAUUGGUAUCCAUACAAUGAGAGGCUAAUUUGUAUCUACUGUGGAAAGUCUUUCAACCAGAAAGGGAGCCUUGAUCGACACAUGCGAUUGCACAUGGGAAUAACUCCUUUUGUGUGCAAGUUUUGUGGGAAGAAAUAUACCCGCAAGGACCAACUUGAGUAUCAUAUUCGUGGUCACACAGAUGACAAGCCCUUUCGCUGUGAGAUCUGCGGAAAAUGUUUUCCUUUUCAGGGUACUCUAAACCAGCAUUUGCGAAAGAAUCACCCUGGUGUAACAGAAGUACGAAACAGAGUAGAGUCUCCAGACAGAACAGAGGCAUUUGUAGAACAGAAAGUAGACAAUGAUGCUUCAGGUUCUGAAGCUAUGAAUUCUAGUAUGGAAAUCCAUUCAAUGUCUAACACAUCUGAUUAAAAUUCUAAGUGCAACCCAAAUAAGCACAUUAAUAAUACAUUUUUAAUUUUUUUUAUUCUUUCAGUAAUCUUCAGUACAAGUAUAGCAGCCUGGAGAAGACUACAUAAAUGUUCGUUCUUUGUGAAGGAGGCUGUUUUUGUUUUCCCUUUUUCUUGUGAAGAUACUCAAAAUACAAAAGACAGUGUACUGGGGAAAGGAUAGGAAAAGUCUGCUAAAGUGUCCCUAUUGCUUGAUUUGUCAAGCAUAAUUUACAGCAGGGAAAGAUAUUAAAAUAAGAUAGCAGCUCUGCUGGGUAUACAUACCAAGGAGCUUUAGUCUCCCUUUAUUU